AUGACUCGCCACGCUCUCGCUGUCCUCGCGCUCGCGCCCGUCUAUCUCGCCCUGGCCGCGACCGUCACCGUCACCGUCCCUUCGGCGACCGACAUCGAGGUCAACACGAUCCCGACCGAGGUCGACUUGGGCCCCGACUACUACGAGGACCAGGACUGGUUCCAGCAAGAGUUUGGGACCAUCUCGCUCGGCACUUACCGCGAGACGCCGCCCGCCUCGGUCGUCGAGGUCCUCACGACGUCCUACAAGACGCCCGCCACCUCGACGAUUUACUCAGAGACGGUCUCUACCUCGACGCCGGCCACGCGCACCGUCACCGUCAACGAGACGCCUGCGUCCUCGACUGUGUACGAGACGUCUUGGACGACGACCCAGCCGGCGACGUCGACCGUGACGGCUCUCGUCACCGCCGCAACUGGCACUGCUGCAUGCCUCGACUACCGUCUCGUCUUCCCGGCAUCCUGCUGCCCGUCGGCGUACGUUAAGCUGAACAAGAUCGGCCGCCGCCAGGUCGACCUCGAGAGCGACACGACCGUCACGGUGACCGAGGGCACGCUGUACACGACCUUCGUCGCCUACGAGACCGAGUACGCCCCUCGCCCCGAGGUGCCCGUCUCGUCGAUCGUGUACGCGUACCAGGCCACCGUCACCGCCCCUCGGCCGACCAUCACGAGCACGAGCACGAUCGUGAGCGAGGCGGCGACCCCGGUCGUGACGGUCCCGAGCGUGCGGGUCGUCGUCGCCGACGAGCCCGUCGUGACCAAGACGGCGACGGCGCAGGCCUCGACGCAGACGGUCACGGUCACGAGCACGACGACGCUCGCUACGCCUGUCACGACGACGACGAGCACCCUCAAUGCGCAGGCGACGGCGUGUGCGCAGAAGACGGUUUGGACGCAGAAUGCGUGCCCUGCGUCCGUCCUCGUCAAGAACCUCGUGCAGGACGUCCAGGUCGCCAAGCUCAACCUGUACAAGGCGCUCGGUGGCAAGUCGGUCGUGGUCGACUGCGGCUCGGCGGGCACUUUCCGGUACUAG